AUGGCCCCUAAAAAGGAACAAGGUAUCUUUUGAAAAAUAGGAAAAAUACUUCAAUAUAAUCACAUGUACAGAUAUUUUACGUUUAUAUAUGAAAUCCUAACAUCUCCCUGCAUCUUUUUAAUAAAAUCUAGCCAUUGAAUCUAAAAAGAUGACAAAUAAAUCGGGGUUGUUUAUGAGUAAAAAUGUGAAAUAUCAGUACACGUGUGUGCUACAGUGCUAGUAUUAAAAUUUAAAUGGUAUCAAUAUCAUGAUUCAAUUUACACGAAACCUCCAGAACAAAAAUAUCAUAAACUAGACACUUCACUUAUAUAAUAGCGUUUCCAAAGUUCCCGGUCAUGGUGAUCAGCAGUCAUGAUUUUCUGCUGAUCAAAUGAAAAUCUGACUGAUCAGUAUAGGAUACAUUCUUUUUAUAUGUUCUGUGAUAAUAGAGAGGUUAAGAUACCCCGAUUUCGGUGUACGGGUAGCAUGAUUUUGGUUAGCAAUAUUUUUGUCGAUGUCUGUACCUUUACUCGUAAUUAAGGUGCACAUUUUUCGCAUUAUAUCAUUGUCUAUUGCAAGAAAACAAAAAGUAUGAUCGAAUUACAGACAUCAGUAAAACAAGAUGACACUACUCGUACCCAUACACCAAAACUGGGGUAUCUUAACCUCUCUAAUAGUAAUAAGUAUUGCAUGGUGUUCGUUAAUGACAUUAACUGUGUUUUUGAGACUAUGGUUCUUGACAAUCAAGAUGAUCAGCAACCUUGCUUCUCUGCCAAUCAAAAGCAAUUUCCUGUCGAUUGUUGGUCUACUGUUAUUUUGUGCCCUGUGUGUGUAAGCCACCUUUGCAUAAGCUUUUUUGAUCUUCCCUUACGUUUAGCUCAAAAAGGCAAAGGUGGCGCUAAAGCCGCAGAAAAGAAUACAGCAAACAAGGCAAGGAAAGCUGUAAUGAAAGGUGUUAAGUCAACUGCAAAACGAAAGGUGCGCACAUCGGUACAGUUCCAUCUUCCCAAAACCUUGAAGUUGCCGCGACAACCUAAAUAUCCUCGAGUGUCGAUCCCACGAACGAACAAGCUCGACCAGUUUGCGAUCAUCAAGCAUCCUCUCACGACAGAGUCUGCGAUGAAGAAGAUCGAAGACAAUAACACGCUUGUGUUCAUUGUCGAUGUCCGAGCCAACAAGCCGAAGAUCAAGGGUGCCGUCAAGAAACUCUAUGAUGUUGAUGUCGCUAAAGUCAACACACUUAUCAG